CGUUCGUUUCAAAUGUGACGCGUUCGUUGGUAGCUGCACAACGCUUUUCUUUGACGACGACGGUGGCAUCGAAACGGUUUUUAAGUCUCUAUCCGUCGGUUUUCUGAUAGACAGUUUUUGACUUUAGAGUGCAUACACUAUUGUUCUUGACUGUUGAUUUGAUUGUUUUUUCUCCUGAUUUUUCGGAAGUCACGGAUUGUAGGUUGCCUCUGGUUUUAGCAGAGCAGCUGUCGAAACUGCAAUAAGAGCCGCUUGCACGUGGCUCUGUGUGUGAUCUGUUUUUUGCACCACGCAUGGAAAAGUACUUAUCGAUCGGGCAGAAGUGGAGUAUUUUGCGCAACGAUUCAGGUGCAUGUGGUGUCUGAGUGAGGCGGUGCAGCUGCAAGGGUUAUGUACGUAUAUCUCUCGUUGAUCAUUCACCCAUCCCGAUAAGCUGAUUGCAGUGAAGAGUAGCAGCGUUGUUGGUGUUUUUGACAGUGAAGGUGAUCGAUCGGCUCUAGUGGGAGUGAAAUUGCAAGUCAAGUGCGACGAAGUGCCGUGGAAAGGAAACAAUGAUUGCAUCAUUUAUUCAUUGUAGUAGCACAUCAGCACAUGUACAUAUGCACUAAGAGGAGAGGGUGGUGAGAUAAAUGUGACUGCAGUCAUAAACGGAAACGAAAUAUUGCGACAGCAAACACACGGAAACGAAAUUAGAAUAUACAUUUUUGAUAGCGCAAGGAUAUCGUCGUGGUGGGUGGAUUCUAUCUUGUGGAACAUUGUGCGGUGUUAAGUGGCAAAGCCGAUAAAAAUUUAACCUUUGAAGUGGUGUUUUGUUGCAUUAAGCUAGACUUUUGUGACAAGUUUUCGAAACACCGAUGGGGCAGCGAAAAUUAUUGAUGCAAACCAUUCGAUUGGGCGUAUUGCGUUUAAUGUGAAUCUCUGGAUAAAACAAUACCUAGUUGUGUUAGAUUGGUGAAGUUGUUUGUUUGUUGGAAAGAUAAAAUUUUCGAGUGAAAAUGUCGGUUCAAGCGAAACGUCAGCACUGUUAUCUGUGCGAUUUGCCCCGGAUGCCCUGGGCCAUGAUUCAUGACUUCACAGAGGCUGUUUGUCGGGGAUGUGUCAACUACGAGGGAGCCGACCGGAUUGAGCUGGUUCUGGACACAGCCCGGCAAAUGAAACGAAUCCACGCCAGUGGCGGCGGAGGUGGUGGCGGGAGCUCUGGAAGUGGUCCCAGUGCCGGCGGCAAACGUGGUCACGAAAAUGGAGAAAUGCCACACAGAUCCGUGCCACAGGCCCAUCACCAUUACUCGGUUCGUGCCGGACCAAAUGGGCCAACUUUGGUAGAUUUCACUCCGAAACACGAACCACACGACAUCGGGGGAGUUCGUCCGGCAAGGCUUCAGCAGCAUAUUCCACCGCAUCAUAUGCCGCCUCAUGCUGCCCGGCAACAAGUUCCGCCGGCACUUUCAGUGAACCUCAAGCGUCCGCCGCCGGAGGACGACGAACAUGGGCCAAUGGACGGGCCGACGGGAAGUGCCAAACGAGGUGCCGAAGACCCCUCGGGCCCAAUGCAGCGGCCACCAUUGACUCGCGGCGAGUCACUGCCGGCGGUACCGUUCGUUCCGGACCGGCAGCCCAGCUACAAGGAUAAGCAUCCGGUGCGGACGGCUUCUUUCGAUGCAGCUACCUUCAAACCAGCUGACCAAAAGAAUCAAAACAUGGGCAUUUACGUGAACGCCCCAGUUGUGCAACGUUACAAAUUGUACCCGACGGUGAUACCGAUUCCGCCGGUUUCGAUGGGUGAUUCCACACCGCCGACCCCGUCGGUGGCGCCACUGCAAAGUCCGAUGGCUAACCUUAUGUCUAUCACCGAGACGCUUCCUCCGGGUAGUCCGCGCAACGGCCCAAGUCCUCCGGGACCACACCCGCCGAGGACCUCAUCGAGAGGCUCUCAGCAUUCGCCCAACAGCUCUGGAUCCUCAAGCGGCCGAAGGUCGUCCGGCUCUCGUCACGUUUCCAGCACAACUGUAACAUCAACCGAAGCGCAACAGUCCAACGCUGCUGGAGUUCCGGGAGGAGCUAGUACGCCCAAUGGUAACGGCUCGAACGGAAACGGUAGCACAACUCCAGUGACUCUUGGACCUCUCGGAGGGCCUGCACUACCCCAGCAGCCACCACCACAAUCGCAACCCGGUGGUCCUCAGCCACCGCCGGAAGCCGUCGUUGCCGGAGGGCUGGCUCCCGGAGCCGGUGGACCACCAGGUGGCCCUCCAGGAGCACCCGGAGGCCCUGGUUCCGGUGGACCUGGAGGCCCGCCCGGUAUCACCGGACCCAUCCCAACCAGUGGACCCGGAGGACCUGCUCCACCCUCGGCCCCGAACCCGACCCUCAAGUGCACCCUCUGCCAGGAACGACUCGAAGAUACCCACUUUGUCCAGUGCCCGUCGGUGGCCCACCACAAGUUCUGUUUCCCCUGCAGUCGAGAGAGCAUCAAACGACAGGGCUCCGGUGCCGAGGUGUACUGCCCCAGUGGAGAAAAGUGCCCGCUGGCCAACUCGACGAUACCGUGGGCCUUCAUGCAGGGCGAGAUCGCCACUAUCCUUGGCGAGGAGCUCAAGGUCAAGAAGGAACGCGAAACGUAGAGGGGCGGCAACCCUGAUGUCCAGGGGACGACGAACACCACAACAUCGAUGCCAUCGACACCAACGGGCUGCUCAUCAUACGGCCUGUGCUCCUCCGCCUCCACCUCCUCCUCCUCCUCAGCCACCUCUUCUUCGUUUUCUUCGACUUCGGCUGCAUCGGCGUAUCAGGAGCUGUCUUACUACCACCGUCAACCGGCUGGCAGCAGUGGACCAGCUGUUGGGCACUGGAUUGCGACCGAUAACGGAUUGCGGCACUAUCGCACCAACGCCAAUCAUGUAAAUUUGGGUCCUACUGGCGCUGAUCAUCCGGAAAAUCCCACUACAGCGGUCGGUUGGAAGGAGUUCAACUCGGUUCAGCGGUCUGCUUAGUGACCUCAGACAGCAGUUGGAGUGAAGAAUUGGUUGUUCAAGUUGGCAAACAAGAAGAGGGAAUCUCGAAAGUGGCAGGGUUUUUGUCUGCUAACCAUUGGUAAAAAUCGGAUUUAGCAAUUGGAAAAACAGAAAACUGGAGGAAAGUUUUAUAGAGAAAAAGGAAAAAUCUUGGAAAACAAUAACAAAUGAACAAUUGUUGUACAUAAUCAAAAUAGGAUAAGCCAUACAGUUUAUAAAUAAAAAUGAUUCGGCAAUUUGGAUGCCGUUAAUUGUUCCUUAGUUUUGGGACAACACUUUUACCGUCUGUUUCCGAACGGUUACCGGGCGAAUUUUUGGCUAUCUCGCACAUCCCUGUAGAAAGGGCCGAUCGAGCGGGAUUUAAAAUCACAUACAAAACAAAAUGGUUCUUUAGUAGUUUUUAUUUUUUUUCUAAAGAGAAGAAAAAAAAAACGGAGAAUAAACACACAUGCCAGGAAUAUUUAGUCUUGUAAGCAGACGAGAACGAAAUCAUAAGUUAUAGUUUGUAAGCCGGAUGUUCUACAAAGGAGAAGGCAAACACAAUUGGAAAAACUUUUGCUCGCGUGCAAAAGUUAGACAACGCUGCUGUACAAAAAGAAAGGGAUAGAAAAACCCAUGAAAAAACCCCUCCCUCCCGGCUCCCCAACUAUUAUACUUGUUUUAGAAAGAAAAGAUUUUUUAUGAGUUAAGAAUUUCUAGAUUUUAACUUCCGCAAAAAAAUGAUUGUGGAGAAAAUCUCUGCUAACACAGUCAGUCAAUAUUCUUCGCAAGUUUUAGAAAACCAAUGUAAAAAAGAGAGCUAUCGACUCCUUGUUUUCGAUAACGAAGCAUCUACAAAAAGAAAGCAACGGGAAGCAUGCGAAGGAGGAGGUUGAAAACACAAAUAACUCUAUUUUAAGAGUUGACUUAAUUGAUAACAUGUUCUUUUUAAUUGAAACAAGAAUAAAAACUAACUAUAAGUUUGUUUACUUCUAAUCUAAAAUUCGCUAGAACCACACACACAUAUUUAUGACUAGCUUUUAGUUAAUUUUAAAAGUUUCAAUUCUUUUAUGUACAUAAAGUCGCGAGAAAUAAAUGUUUAAACAAGAGAGAGUAAAACGAAGAGAACAUUUAUGUUUAUUAUUUUAAUUUAUUAAUUCUAAGUGAUUCAAAAAAUACAAACAAAUGAUCAUGUUUACUAUAUGUUAAGAAAAAAAAAAGAUUCAAAAAUACAAAUCUAUGAGUCUAUGCAGUGAAGAACGCGUAUUGGAUUUAUUUAUUUUUAUUUUAUGUUUGAAGAAAUCCUUCUUUUUUCAUCUUUGAUUGCUGAUCUCUGCUAUGUUUAGUGUUUGCAAUGAAGUUUGAAUUGUAUGUUGUAUUAUUUGAGCUUUUUUUUCUAUUUACACAACUUAUGUUUCCUUUCUUUGAGUUUCGGUAAUAACAUUUGACAAGUUUUGUUAGGGAUUUUCAAAUGUAUAUUAUGGUGUUCAGUUAGUUGGUAAUUAUUUUACCUUGUGAUAGUGGAACUUCAAGUUCUAUUUUUUGUAAUAUUUAUGUAAAGUGAAGGCUUAGACUUUUAUCUCAAAAGUUUACCAAACGUCCGAUAUAUUUUUAAAUUAGCUUUUUCUUCAUUUUUCGGAUCUGUUUUAUCUUAUAGGUACUUAGAAAUUUUUUAUACAAAGCAACAUGAUAGAUAUCUACAUCGAUUGAAGUUUCUUUGAUUUAUUUUUCUAACCUGUGUUUUUUACAUUUAUUGUCCGGUUGCAUUUAAGACUUCAAAUGUACCUUAAACCAAUUCUAAGAUUCUACGAGAGUAAAGUGAAAUCCACCUAAACAUUGAAACUUAUUCCGUGAAACGUACAUAUUGGAAGUACGUAGAACAAAUAACCCAAUAAGACGGAGCAGCUCAAAAUUUGAAGCAUCGAAAAUAAGAGCGAACUUCAGCUAUUAUAGUGCUAUGAGUAAAACAACUGAAUGAAUAGAAGAACAAUUUAGUAAAAGCCUAUCUUACUACGGGAUAUCCUCAGGCCUGAUUUUUGUUUUCGGGUCAAUCAUUAACCAAACCACGUAGACAGGAUAACGCCUGAAUCAUAACAUGUAGUUUUGAUCCCGCGGAAAUGAUUGUCGUUAGAUUCAAGAAACAGAAUAUUCGAUAGCAAUUAGCUCCAAAUAACAUAAUUAACUAAACGCAUAGAACCAGAUACCACUAAGCAGAUGCAGCGAUAGCAAGAAUUGUUGUUUGUUCAUUAUUUUAUGGAGCGGAUGCGUCCCUACGUUGGCCGCACGUCUCUCUGUCUCUUUAUCGAAGUAGUGAAAAAGUUGAUUUAUAACCAUCGUUUCUCGUUUUGGCCCCCAUGAAACCUGAGUAAAAAUUCUACCAAUAGUAAAUGCAAUAACUAUGGAUAAGUUCAGCGAACCGUUAAAGCUUUUUGGACAGAAUGUAAUUCUGCCAAUAGCUUUAAAGACAGUGAGAGACAUGGCUUGUUACUCGUUUGUAAAAAUCAAUUAUACUACCUACAUCCACUUACACAUACAGUAACGAGAACAAACUAGAAGCCUUAUUAAUUUUAAACCAACUUAAGGUACACCGGGGUAAGUGGGGACGGUUUUUCGUAUAGUUCAACUUUAAAAAAUCAUUAAAAAAUCAGCAGUGGGUCAAUUUUGAUAGAAUCGCGUUCAAUGUGAUGCAGAACAUGUUGUUCACAAAUGCUGAAGAGAUGAGCUUGAUAGACGCAAAGCGAAAAAAGUUAUCACGUAAAUUGUUAUGGACUGCUGGUGUCUUCACUUACCCCGCUUUAUGGGGUAAGUGGGGACGGUAGAUUUUCCCUUUGAUUUUUCAGGAAAUUUUCAACAAAUUUGUGUUUUUUUGGUUGAAUACGUUACUUUAUUGCUCGAACCGUCCGAAAUUUUGAAAAAAGUUCAUGGUACUAUUUAGAAGGCAUCUUACAAUGAUUUUUGUGUGUAAUCCGAUAUUAUCGAGAAUAUAUACUUAUUUUAGAAAAAACAAGUAAUUUUCCCAACUUUUCAUGAUCUGAAUGUUAAAUAAAGCUAAAUUGUAUUGAAUGAAGAAGAGAAAAUUGAAAAAAAUGUGUAAACAUCAAGUAUUUAUAAAGCCGUCCCCACUUACCCCAGGUAGGGUUUGGAAACAAAAUUUUAGAUUUUUGCAAAUAAACCCUUUUUUCUAUAUUUUUAACCGUCGUUCCUUUCCUAAUUGGUUGUUUUGAAUGUAAGGAUUGUUUCAAUGUAGAGUUUUUCGUCAAGAACCAGCUAGUUUACGAGAAAUUUGCGAUUGAAAAAGAUGCACAUCAACUCCACAUCGUAGUUAAAAAUAGAAAAUUUACACAAAGUCACCGUAAACAUCCGCAAUCGUCGGAACCGUAUCUCUUUUACAGUUAUUGGAUAGAUUACAAGUAAAUUUAACAUUCUGCAUUAAAAGUUUGAAAAAAUAGUGGACAGUAUUGUUUUAAUAGCCACCGUCCCCACUUACCCCGCGUCCCCACUUACCCCGGUGUACCUUACUUGUUUUGCCUCUUACAGCUCACACGAAUCAUUACCAUUCUCCAAAAGUGGAAUCUAAUGGCGAUCUGAGGGUUUUCAUUUUCGCUAUAGGUCAUUAUCGAUCGUAACGGACCAGUUUUGGUUCACUAGCUUAACCCAUUUCACCCAAGGCAAAAAAAAACGAACAAUUUGAGAGCGAGUGCAAUUCGUGACACACAAAGAUUUUAUUGGACUUUUGGUGGAACACAAAAUUACCAGGAUAAUGCCAAAUUGUUAAAUUGCUACUAAACAUAGCCAUCUCGAUUUUUCCGGUGAUGGUCAAAAACAUGCAACAACAUUUUCUUUUUCGGUUCCGUUACAGAUUGUUACGCAUUCACUGACUGUAAGAAGCAGAGUCGACUGGGGGGACCGUUAUUUCGGAUCGGAACAAUGAAUUGAAACCCAUCGAUCAAGCUUCGAAAAAGUCAAACAUAUUGGAACACGACACUCGCCAUACCUGUACAUAAAUGUAAAAUCAUUAAAGAAAGAAAUCUCAUGAUGUGAACUAUCUAAAAACCCAAAAGAAAACAGCAAAUACUAACUCUAGGAGGUCUUAAUCCUUAUAAAAAAAUCUUCAAAAAAAAUCUGACUAAACCUUACAAAGGAACGAGUCAGAAACGAAAGAUAAAGGAAAGAUGAAAAUAAUCAGUUUCGUUUGGAUGUUCCCAUUUGUAUUGAAAUAAAUAGGCAUAACUUGGAACGAAAAACAUAAAACAAAACACCCAGAAAGCAAUAGAAUAAAUGAAAAGAGAAAUCGCCAUUUUUAAAAACAGGAUUCAAUUUGUAGAAAAUCAUAGCUAUCGAGGAUUGGAAUAAAUUUAGGGUCAGUUUGAGAAUAAAAUAAUUAAAAAUGAAGUGAAAUAAAAUAAAUCACUAUUCCGUAAACUUACAAUAUCAACAUUCAAGCAUUGAAGUCAUUGAUAAAAUAAAAAAAAAACAAAACAAAAAACGAAACAAAGACAUAAUCUAAAAAAACAAAAACAGCGGAACUCGAGUAACUUGAAGUUCGAAAUUCGGAAGUUCGUAUAUAUAUAAACUUUGUGGAACGAACGAAUGAAGAUAAAAAAAACCGAAAUCGAUGAUAAAAACACUUUGUACGCGAAACACUCACAAAUGAAAAAAAAAAACAUGUUUGUACAUACAAUAAAGUCAAAAUAUUUCAAACAAAUUGGAGUACAUAA